AUGCCCAUCCACAACAAAGUCCUUUCAAACACUCACCUCCGUAAGCACUGGCAAAUGCGUGUCAGAACUUGGUUCAACCAAGCUGGUCGUAAGGAGAGAAGAAGAAACACCAGAGCUGAGAAGGCUGCUGCUAUCUUCCCACGUCCACUCCGUUCUUUGAAGCCAAUCGUUCGUCCACCAACCCAAAAGUACAACAUCAAGACCCGUGAAGGUCGUGGUUUCACCUUGGAAGAACUCAAGGCUGCCAAAUUGAGCGUCCGUUAUGCCCGUUCAAUCGGUAUUGCUGUCGACCCACGUCGUACCAAUAUCUCUCAACAAUCACUCUCAUUGAAUGCUCAACGUUUGAAGGAGUAUCAAUCCAAGUUGGUCUUGUUCCCACGUAAGGCUACCGCUCCAAAGAAGGGAGAUGCCACCAAGGCUGAGAUUGACAACGCCGUUCAAAACUUGAACGUUUUGCCAUUCGCUUCCUCCAAGGUCUCUGUUUUCACCCCACGUAAGGUCACUGAGGAUGAGAAGAAAUUCCAAGCUUACACCACCCUCCGUGCUGCCUCUGCUAAGGUUAAGAACUCUGGUCUCAGAAAGCUCGCCAAGGAAAAGAAGGCUGCCGAAGCUAAAGACAAGUAA